AUGGUGAAUACUCACAAGGGGCCUUAUGUGCCAGAACAGUCUGAAGAUGCACCUAAUGUCAUCACUUCUUCACCUUCUCCAGGAGAAGCCAUCAGUAGGUUGCAGGAGUCAUUACGCUCUGAGGCGGUGCUUGAAGUCAGGAAGUCUGCUGCUCCUGUUUCUCCUGCUGUGCAUGCACAUCGAGCUUCUGAGGCCACUGUAUUGGAUAUGGAUUCAGAUGAUCAGGAUAAUGUUCUGUUAAUCUGUUUGUUGAAGAAACCCUCAGAGCCAGUUACAGCCGAGAGGCUCCCUUCUGAUCCUCCGAGUGCCAUUCACUUUCAAGAGAGCUCAUCAAUCGAAGGGGUAUUCAUUCCAACUUCAGGAGACCCUCGACACUCACCAGCUAUACCUUUACGUCAUUCUCCCUCUGUUUAUCCUUCUCGAUCGAAACUACCUACUUCGCAACCGGAUGCGGUGCCUACUGAGAUACCUCUUGAAGACAUUCCUCCUCCUACUGAUGAUCCCAUUGUACCAUCUUCUGAAAGAAGGCCAGAAUCUCCUAAAGGUCAUAAACCCCCGAAAAGAAAAACUCAACAGGCUAGGAGAAAUGUUACCACAAAAAUAGGCAGAAAGAAAAUUCCUGCGAAUGUUCCAUCCGUUCCAAUUGAUGGAAUUUUGUUUCACCACGAGGAAAGUCUAAUUAGAGAAUUUAUCAUCAAUCUGUCUGAUGAGUUUAAUGAUCCAAGUAGUGCUGACUAUCAGACGGUGCACAUUAGAGGGUUAAAAUUUGUGAUUUCACCUGCUGUGAUAAAUGGUUUUCUUGGAAAUACUGUUGAUAUGGACUGCUCUCCAUUAUGUCCUACUACUGAAGUUCUAGCUACUGUCUUAUUUGGAGGGACCUUGUCCACAUGGCCUGUGAAUGGAAUCCCUGCAGCUGCUCUCAGCAUCAAGUAUGCCAUUCUGCACAAGAUUGGCAUUGCCAAUUGGUUUCCUUCCUCACAUGCCUAA